GAGACGUGUGGGGGGAAGGAGCCACCCGGCAGGGCUUGUGCUGCCACAGCUGCUGCCUGGGGCAGGGGAUCACAGCUCCACUGCACAACUGAAUGUUUGUGAGGGUACUUUGCAAGAGGAGAGCCAAGGCAGGGGGUUUCCAUUUCCUGUUCUGAGGCAAAGAGGUUUGGAGUCAGAAAUCUAAAAGGGGCAAUAAGAGUUCUGAGAAUUUUUCAUCAAUUGCUUGUUUUGUGAACACUCACACAUGAUGUGCUUUCAGUCUCCCCUUUCUCGAAGGAUGGAAUUAUCAUCAUUUUCUGUAGGCAUGAAUAAUUCACUUAUCCUACAAACAGGCAGCAUUUUCUAACUGAAACUGAAUGCCACAGAAGCUGGGGUAAAGGGCUCUAAGAGCACUUGGGGUAAAGAUAUGAGACAUGAAACAGAUGAAAAUAUCCAGGGACAAGGGAUGAGAAAAGAAGAGGAAGGUUAGAGCUCCAUAUGCUGCUUCUGCUUAAGGAAUGCUGAAAUACAUGAAAUUAAAUGCAAGUAAUGGUGCUAAAUGUACACUGUUGUAAGAGAAUAAAAACAUUUCAUAUUAUAGCAGGAGGAGUGUGUCUGAGAAUGGUCUGGACUUGUCAUUAUCUUCUGCACUCUGAGCAGGACUCAAAGCCCAACAAAGCAGAUGUCCAACAGCAGCUCCAUCAGCGAGUUCCUCCUGCUGCCGAUGGCAGACACGCGGCAGCUGCAGCUCCUGCACUUCUGGCUCUUCCUGGGCAUCUACCUGGCUGCCCUCCUGGGCAACGGCCUCAUCAGCACAGCCGUAGCCUGCGACCGCCGCCUGCACACCCCCAUGUACUUCUUCCUCCUCAACCUGGCCCUCCUCGACCUGGGCUGCAUCUCCACCACUCUCCCCAAAGCCAUGGCCAACACCCUCUGGGACACCAGGGCCAUCUCCUAUGCAGGAUGUGCUGCACAGCUCUUUUUCUUUCUCUUCUUCAUCUCAGCAGAGUUGUCCCUUCUCACCAUCAUGUCCUAUGACCGCUACAUUGCCAUCUGCAAGCCCCUGCACUACGGGACCUUGAUGGACAGCAGAGCUUGUGCCACCAUGGCACCAGCUGCCUGGUGCACUGGGGUUCUCUAUUCCCUGCUGCACACUGCCAGUACAUUUUCACUGCCUCUCUGCCAAGGGAAUGUUGUCAACCAGUUUUUCUGUGAAAUCCCCCAGAUCCUCAAGCUGUCCUGCUCAGAAUCAAAUCUCAGGGAAGUUGUGUUUCUCUUUUUUGGUGCCAGUUUAGUUUUUGGUUGCUUUGUUUUCAUAGUUGUGAUCUAUGUGCAGAUCUUCGUUGCCGUAUUGAGGAUGCCCUCAGAGCAGGGACGGCACAAAGCCUUCUCCACGUGCCUCCCUCACCUGGCUGUGGUCUCCCUAUUUCUCAGCACUGGCUUUUUUGCCUACCUGAAGCCCCCGACCAUUUCCUCCCCACUCCUGGAUCUGACAGUGGCACUUCUGUACGCAGUGGUUCCUCCAACACUGAACCCUGUUAUCUACAGCAUGAGGAACAGGGAGAUCAAGCACGCUCUCAGGAAGAUGUUGCAAUACACACUAUUCCAGCUUCCAUAAAAUGCACAACUUCCUCAUAGGAUUCCCAGUGAUGGUUCUUCAUCUUUUAUGCAUCUUUGAUUGUUUGAUUAUGUGAGAUAUAGCAACGUGCAAAAAUAUAUAUAUAUAUUAUUGAACUUAUAAAUAAAAAUGUAUUACACUUUUUUCCUACCUAAUUUCCAUUUUUUCACUCCAAGAGCUCAUGUAAACAUGUAUCCAGAUUCCCCGAAUAUGUUAAAAGAUACCUAAAAAGGUUUCAAAAUAGACUUUUACUUAGC